AUGUAUAACAUAAAGAGAAUGGGUGAUAUAGGGGAGCCUUGUGGGAGCCCGCAUUCAAUGUUUGUUUUGGGGCCUGUGGUUCCAUCUAGGCGAACUUGGAUGGUUCUUCGGGUUACGAAGGAGGAUAACCAUUUGGUGAGGUUAGGGGCCCAGCCUUGUUCCCGGAGCCUCCGGAUCAGGCGCCCGGGGAGGACAGCGUCGAAGGCUCCUUUGAUAUCGAGAGUGAGCAACGAGGCCGAGCCGUUUAAGUUAAGUGCAUGUUCGACAUCGUGGGUAAGGCAGGUGGUGAGGUCUACUGAGGAUCUGAGAGGCAGGGCUCCGAAUUGGUGUGUGGAAAGGACUUUAUGGGAGAUCGAGGUCCAGGACAUUUGCCGGGCAAUUAAUCGUUCGAGUCCUUUGCCGAGGACUGAGAGUAGGGCGAUGGGUCUGUAUGAUCUGGGAGAGGAGAGGUCGGCCUUAUUGGGUUUGGGGAUGAUUGCAAGGAUCGCACUGCGGAAGGAUUUCGGGUGA